AUGUAAUCGGUCAGCUGCGUUGUAUCACAAGGUUUCCUGGUUCGCGAGUGAAACCGCUGUUUUUUUCCCUAAUAAGUGAUCAUAAAUGCAGACUGCCUUAUCACGUAUCGACGUGGAUUUCAGUAGACAGGAUCCGGUACAACCACAGCUACGAAUAUGAACACGGAGAAGGACUUUUCGCCUCUGACGCCCAACAUUGUCAGGGCUCUGAAUGAUAAACUGUACGAGAAGAGGAAAGUCGCAGCUCUAGAAAUCGAGAAACUGGUCCGGGAGUUUGUGGCUCAGAACAACUCCACUCAAAUCAGGCACGUGAUCCAGAUCCUGGCCUCGGAGUUUGCGCUUUCCCAGCAUCCCCACAGCCGGAAGGGGGGUCUCAUUGGACUGGCAGCUUGCUCAAUCGCCCUCGGCAAGGACUCAGGUCUGUAUCUGAAAGAGCUUAUUGAGCCAGUACUCACAUGUUUUAAUGACUCAGACAGCCGUUUGCGCUACUAUGCCUGUGAGGCCCUCUAUAAUAUAGUCAAGGUGGCCAGGGGAGCAGUGCUGCCCCACUUCAACCUGCUCUUUGAUGGUCUCAGCAAGCUUGCAGCAGAUCCAGACCCCAAUGUGAAAAGCGGAUCUGAACUCCUGGACAGACUACUGAAAGACAUUGUGACAGAAAGUAACAAGUUUGACUUAGUGGCGUUUGUCCCCCUGCUCAGAGAGAGAAUCUACUCCAAUAAUCAAUAUGCUCGGCAAUUCAUCAUCUCCUGGAUUCAUGUGCUGGAGUCUGUGCCAGACAUCAACCUGUUAGACUACCUCCCAGAGAUCCUUGAUGGGCUUUUCCAGAUCUUGGGAGACAACAGCAAGGAGAUCCGUAGGACGUGUGAGGUGGUGCUGGGAGAGUUUCUGAAGGAGAUUAAGAAGACACCCUCCAGCGUGAAAUUUGCUGAGAUGGCCAACAUCCUGGUCAUCCACUGCCAGGUUGCAGAUGAAACAAAACUAACAAAUGACCUGAUCCAGCUGACGGCUAUGACGUGGAUGAGAGAGUUUAUCCAGCUUGCAGGCAGAGUGAUGCUCCCCUACUCCUCGGGCAUCCUAACUGCAGUGCUGCCUUGCCUUUCGUACGAUGACAGAAAGAAGAAUACCAAAGAAGCAGCCAGUGCCUGUAAUCACAGUCUGAUGAAGCUGGUGACUCCUGAGGAUGAUGAGGAUGAGGAGAAAAGUGGAAGUACAGGGUCGCCGUCCAGGGAAGAUGGCCAGCCCAAGACGGAGGCAGACAGCAAUGAUAUGCUAAAUGCAUCACAAGAAUCUGUUGGUUUCAGUAAUAUCAGCUUCUUCACUCCAGCAAGUGCUGACAGGCCUCAUGUAACUCUGGACCUGGACAGUAUUGUUCAGGUGUUGGACAGGCACCUUCAUGACUCCUCCACUGGCAUGAUGACCCGCAUAGCUGUGCUCAAAUGGCUCUACCACCUCUACAUCAAGACACCACGCAAAAUGUUCUGCCACACAGACAGCCUGUUUCCCAUGCUGCUGAAAACACUGUCUGAUGAGUCUGAUGAGGUGAUACUGAAAGAUCUGGAGGUGUUAGCUGAGAUAGCAUCAUCUCCUGCCGGCCAAACAGACCAAGUCGUCUCCUGUGACAACACUGACAACAAACUGGAGAGUGUCAAGCCAGGACAACAGCCCAGCACAGGCUCCAAAGCAGUGGACUCAUCCCCGUCCACUCCCAGUAUGAACUCCUAUUUUUACAAGUUCAUGAUCAACCUGCUGAAACGCUUCAGUCUGGAGAGAAAGCUUCUGGAGAACAGAGGAGCUUUCAUCAUCAGGCAGCUCUGUCUGUUGCUUCAUGCAGAGAACAUCUUCCACUCCAUGGCUGACAUCUUGCUGAAGGAGGAGGACCUCAAAUUUGCCUCCACCAUGGUGCAAACACUCAACACCAUCCUGCUCACCUCGGCAGAGCUCUUCCAGUUACGCAACCAGCUGAAAGACCUGCGCACUCAGGAGAGCUGUGCUUUGUUUUGCUGCCUGUAUCGUUCCUGGUGCCACAGCCCUGUGGCCACUGUGUCGCUCUGUUUCCUCACGCAGAACUACAAACACGCCUAUGAUCUCAUCCAGAAGUUUGGAAAUCUGGAGGUGACAGUAGACUUCCUGAUGGAGGUUGACAAGCUGGUACAGCUCAUUGAAAGCCCCAUUUUCACCUAUCUGCGCCUGCAGCUCCUAGAUGUGGAGAACAACCCUUACCUGAUAAAGGCACUGUAUGGCCUGCUGAUGCUGCUGCCACAGAGCCAGGCCUUCCAGCUGCUCUCCCACCGCUUGCGGUGUGUCCCCAACCCAGAGCUCAUGAGGACUGUGGAUGAAUCCAAGUAUAUGGACUCUAAACAGCUAGUAGUCUCCAAACGUGCCUCUCACACUCAGGUGGAUUACAAUGAGCUGCUCCAGCAUUUUGACCGUGUUCAGAGCAAACACCUGGAAGUCCGACAUCAACGCUCUGGACGUGCCUCUGAUCACCCCGACAGGAAGCUCAUGUGAAGUCAUUGUGCCAUCGUGACCUCUGGCCCGAGGUGCUGUUUAAGCCAAAAAGUAUUAAGUAUGAUUAAAAACUGUCUUAUCAGAGAAGCACUGGGUAUACAUAGUCAAAAAGCAGCCGAUAUGUUUGUACAUUUCUUUGCAAAUAAUGAGGAUAAUGUCAUAAUAAUGUUAUAAGACACAAAACAUUUUUAACAGAAAACAGAUUUAAUACUCUUCAGACUAUACACGGACAAAUUGAUAGUUACUGCUUUCUGUGAAGAUCUGAAGAAUGUACAUAAAAUCUCAUAAAUCAUGUAUUGUGGUGGUAAUAAAAUGGCCAUAUCCCAAGUUUCCAUCAUGCCCUGUCAGCAGCUGAAAUUUUCUCCAGCUAAAUGUAAUGUUCACUGUGUUUCAAGUGAAUCUGAAUCUCUAUUUCAGUGUUAAAUAGCACACUUGUGUUAUUUAAUGUCCAUGUGAACCACAGUAUUUUCAUGGUGUAUCCAGUAUGAUUAGAGUUCAGGGUUGCCUUAAUCUCUUGUCAGCCAGAAAAUAAAUCUCACAUGUAGAGUAUUAACCCAGCUCAAUUGAGAGUUUAAACUUUGGAAGCCAUGGAUGACUGAAAUCUGCAUAAAUUCUGGGUAGGCCCAUGUUGUCACACCUCUUGACAUUUCUUUGUUAGUGCAACUAAUCCGAAACUUUACCAUACCCUACUACAGCUUUUAAUUCCAUUUCCUUCUUAUAUAUUCUUCAGCUAAUAUAUAUUUCUCUUUGUACAGUGUCUGUUUGUCUUGCAUUCUUAAAAAGAUUCACACUUUGUCAUUAUUAUGUGAAAAUCAAUAAAGUGGACCAUGUGAUUAAAAACA